AGGCUCCUCCUGCCGGGCCAUAUUAAAAGCAAAUGUCGAAGCUGAAGCGGGGCAGAGGGGGAGUCUGCUGGGUGUAAAAAACACAGGAGCCACGGAGCAGAAACUCGGCAGACCUGCGCAACUCUCUCAACCAGCACCGCCUUUCUCCCCCCCUUUUUUUUUCUUUUUUCUUUUUUAUUUUUUUAUAUAAACAUACUGUUGACUUGAUUCUGGUCGCUGCAAAGAUGUCCACAGCCGUGGUGUCGCCUUUCUUCGACUUUGAAAUGAUGAACAAGAACAAUAAACUUCUCAGCUACAACAACAACCUGGGCGCGCCUCACCCCAUGUCUGUCCCUUGCACUGGCACCAGCGUGCCCAUCUCCAGUGCCGCCGGACCCCUGCUGGACAGGAAGGCGGUGGGAUCGCCCUCGGUGGGAGGCGUGUACCAUCGGCGGCACUCGGUCAGCAGCACGAAGUUCAGCCAGAACCAGUUCCUGAACAGCCUGAAGGCAGUGGACCACUCCUCGCUUAUCUCAGGGCCCGGCAACGCCGGCAGCAACAAGGAGAACCGCCUGCGAGACCGCUCCUUCUCGGAGACGGGCGAGAGGCUCAUCAACAAGUGCCUGAGCCCGGCCAGUCCCACGUGUGGCAACAGCCAAGUGAACUCCAGCCGCUACAAGACGGAGCUGUGCAGGCCCUUCGAGGAGAACGGUUCCUGCAAAUACGGCGACAAGUGCCAGUUCGCCCAUGGAAUCCAUGAACUUCGCAGCCUGAGCCGGCACCCCAAAUACAAAACGGAGCUGUGCCGCACCUUCCACACCAUCGGGUUCUGCCCGUACGGGCCCAGGUGCCAUUUCAUCCACAACGCUGAGGAGCGCCGCGGGCCCCCCCAGCAGUCCUCCCCCCUAAACUCUUCAAACAAGAUGGAGAGGCCUCGGCUGCAGCACAGCUACAGCUUCGCCGGUUUCUCCAGCUCGGCGGGGCUGAGAGACAGCCCCACCUCGGUCACCCCUCCUCCCACGUUCUUCCCCGACGAGGUCCUGGACUGGCCCAGCAGCAACCCCUUCACCUAUUCCAGCCAGGAGCUGGCCAACCUGUUCGGGCCGAGCCUCAGUGCCGGCUCUGUAGGCACAGAGCCCAACACCCCCGCACCUCCGUCUCCAACAAACACAGCGUUCCUCUUCAGAUCUGUGUCCCCCCAGAUGUUUGAGUCUCCAUCCAGCCCAAGAGACUCUCUGUCAGACCAGGAGGGCUACCAGAGCAGCUCCGGCUCAGAGUCCCCCUCGCUGGACACGUCCCGCCGCCUCCCCAUCUUCAGCCGCCUCUCCAUCUCUGACGACUAGAGCGCAUGCAGGCCACCAGUGACACGGAGUACAUGGCACUCCCCUCUACCCCCCCCCCCCCCCUCUCC